AUGGAAUUGAACGGACAAUACCUAACCCCAGCUGCGCUAGCUUCUCGUAUGCUCCAGCUCAGCGGGGCGCUGCGUCGACGGGCUCAACCUGGCAAAGUAACCACUAAUCCCUCUCCCCCCUCUCCAUUGCUCCUGGCGCCAUCCUCUCGGCGCAGUUUAGCUAACCAGUCAGCAGAGUCCUUCUCCUCCGCUGGGGGCAUCUCCAUAGCUCCAUCACCAUCUCGCCUCCAACCUCCUCCUCCUCGAGGUUCUCGCAGUCGCAAGAAAAGCGGCACUUCAGUCAAUCGCAAGCCUAAGGAUCCGGACCCUGUCCCUCGUGCAAUAGUUUACCCAGCUUCUUCGGAGCUACAACAGAGGCCGUCGGCGGGGAAAGAAACCAAUACGAACCAGAUUCUCCGGGUUGAGGCCAACACGGUCCGCAUUGAGCAAAUGCUUCAACGUAUGGUUGAGGAGUUACGCUCCUCGUUAAUGUCUGCGUCAGCUCUACGUCAGCAGGAACUCCUCCAGGCCUCUGUCACAGAGAGGACUCAGAUGGAGGCUCGACUCAUGGGCUCCCUACGUGACGACAUCAGGGAUAUAACCCGUUCUGAACUGAAGCUCCUUGAGGUGAACCUCCAACAGAAGCUGACCUCUCUACUGCCCAUGGACGCUGUCAACCGACUGCUGUCCUCCCUGGAGAACACUUUCACUCAUCUCUAUGAUCCAGUGCCUCCUUCCCAGGGACCACCCUCUGAACGACCCUCUAUGCUGUAUGAACCGCCCCAGUCCGGUAAACUUUCCUCCACACAUCCCAAGCCGGUCCCUUCCUCCCUUCAACGACACACUCCCAGGACCUCCUCGGCCGCUCAGUCGCCCUCGCUGCUGACUCGCUUACAGGAUGGACCUUUGUCAUCCCAAUCCGAAACGGUUUCCUCAGAUUCCAAGCGCUCGAUGAUCAGAGCUGGGAAGCGCCGCGCAGUGGAGCAUGAGGAGGAUGGCAGGGACUCAAAACGUCGCCCCUAUGAUGCACGAACGGCUCACUCUGCCUCUGUCUUCCUCCCAUCUGAAUGGGACCCUUUGCCAUUCACCAUAGAUCGUAUUUUCACCAUGUAUUAUGGGUGGUCAUCCGACUUUGACGCUGCGGUGCAUGUCACCCUUCCUCGUGUCGGCUUCAUAACUCGCAUCGGCGGCGACCGUCUGAAACUCUCUUUCUCUCCCGAAGGCUUAGAAGAAUUCCUUCGAGCUUGGAAUGCCUACCAUAAUGUUGUCCCAGGUCUGGGUAACGUCGUUGUUUGCAGGGACAAUGCUGAUUGA